UGUCAACAUGUCGGAUAAUGAAGACUUGUUGGCAGACGAUUUAGGGGACCACAGCCUUGCAGAUUAUAAUCUUGGCAAUGAUGAGGAGGAUCAACUCUUAGCUGAUGACUACGAAAGUGGACCCCAGAACGUUCCAACAUCGAUUGAUCCAAACUACAAUGAUGGAAGUGAUAUUAGCUCUUCGGAAUUCUCAGGACAUGGCAUGUCAUAUAGUCAACAACCAUAUCAACCUCCAGUGGAAGAAUGUGUGGUACCCAACAUAACGGUAGAGGUGCCCAACAUUCCGGACAGACCCAUCCCGGACCGUUCCACCUAUGCCCCUUAUGAGCCUCCUGUCUAUGAACCAGAGCAUGCUGUUGUACCACCUGCAAUACCUGCAGCACCUAUUGAAUCUCCACAAAUUGUGCCAUCAGAACUCAGCGUUACAGUCCCAAAUGGCGAUAACCGAGAACGGUUUCUCUCUGAACGGCCUCCUGGUGCCCAGAGACUACCGCAACAACGUGAUAUUCCUGAUUCUCUAGACAAAGUGUUCGUCCCGCGAGGCGGGUACAGCGGCGGGCGCGGGCGCACGUCGUGGCGCAGCGCGCAGUUCCAGGCGCGCUUCCAGCAGCCCUACAACAACGCCUACCGCCGCCACAACGUGCACCGGGGCAAUUUUCUGCAACAACGUCCCUCAUUCCCCCCUCCGCCCCAAGUACGGCCAUCUCCCCCUCAAAUUAGACCGGAACCGAGGCCAGAACUAAUACGGCCCGAUAUUCGACCUGACCAGAUCCGACCGCCUGUCAGACAUGAGCAAAUUCGUCCGGACAUUCGGCCCGAUAACAGGCCUCAACCUAGACCCGAAAUGCGACCAGAACCCAUGCCACCCAUGGGACCAGAAAUCUCCCCAGAAAGGCCAAUUAUCCAAGAACCAUUUAGGCCCAUGGAAAAUCGGCCUCCAUUCCAAAACUUCCAAAGAUUCCCAUUCAGGCCAAACAUGGAAGAACCGCGUCCCAACUUCGGCCCCAUGAGACCUAACUUUGAGCCCAGAUUCUUCCAGAGACCACCCUUCAAUCCGAGACCAUUUGGGCCGCCAAUCAGAGAAGUUGUUCCUAACAGCCAACACAUGCCUCAGAUAACAAUUAGACAACCACUACCAGGCUUGCCACUGCCGGCUAAUGUGCCUAAGUUUGAUGAAUUUGGGCCAAAACCGCCAAUAAGGGAGCCCGAAGUGAGGAUGUUGCCAGUCCAACUGCCGCCUACCUUGCCUGGAGCAUUGGCAGGGAAGAAAGUCCUCAUCAACCCGCAUUUUAAGGGAAAUUUUCAACCGCCCGUUGAAGCCACGAUGCGGGCAGGGUUGGCGCUGCCCACGUACAUUCCCACGCGCAUUCAAAAGUCGCCACCCUUGAGCCCUACGCUGGAAAACAAAUUCGGUCCCAUCAAGGAUAUCGACGACGCCGCGGAGCGGUUCAUCGCGGAGCAGAGAAACGCGCUGGCGCGGGCCGCCAAUAGGAAGUUCCCUAGGCGAUCUCCUCAACGAUACAUUGAGAACACGACGAUAGAGAUCGAGAACGAGCUGGCUCCGGAGGCAGGUUGGCGCGGUGACGACGACCUGCUGCGUCGCCAGGAGGAGUUCAUCAACGCCAACCGCCAGGGCCUGCGCCGCCGCAUGCGCUCGCCCACGCCGCCGCGCCGCUCGCCCUCGCCGCCGCCGCGGCACAGCCCCGAGCGCCGCCGCGCCGAGCCGAGGCGCCCGCCUGAUGAGGAGAGCGAGUACCGGCGACGCGUGCGCGAGCAGGAGAGCUUGCGGGAGCGCGUGCUGCGCGCCAAGGAAGUGCGUCGCAGAAAGAACGCCGUGCAACUACACAAGCAGCUGCAGGACAAAGAGCGCGAACGCAACGAAGCCAAAGAUCCCAAGUCUGAUCCAAAGCCAGAAAGUAAACCUGCCGCAUCUCCCGAGAAACCUUCAACUAUAAGCCCAGAGGUAGACAAGCCAGACACUACCCGGGCUUCUCCAGAGCGGAAGGAAAAACCUGAAGUGAAGAGAGACCGGUCACCGGUGAAGGAAGAGGUGGCGGAAGUCAAUUCCACAUGCGAAAACCUAACGCCUCCCCGCGUGUCGCCCGAGCGUGCUCUGACUCCACCUUUGCCCGACAAGACCAAGGAGAGGCGGUGCAGCGAAGACGAUGAUUUAGCCUUCCUUCUCGGUGAUAUCGAUGACAUGCUCAGUGACGAUGAAGACAGCGGCCGCUUCAAGGAGAAACCUAAGAAAGCGGAGGUGGCGCCGCCCAAGCCGGCGGUGGACCUUCGUUCCAAACUGCCGCCGCGGCCGCCUCGACAGAAGAUCGUCUUCGAAGAGGAGAAGCCCAAGAAGAGGAGAGAAAAAUCUCCUCCAGCUAAGAAACCUGCUGUGACAAGCUCUACCAAAAUUGACACUGAGACUCCCCAGAAAAAAGUUGUUAAGCCAAAACCAGUGACAGAACCGAGUACAAAUAAAUCUCGACAAAGAAUAAUAUUUGAGAACAAAGAGCCUGAAAAAGAGAAAGAGGAGGACAAAUCCAAGUCGUUCACUCGCCGCGUCGUCCUCCAACGCAAAGUGACCCAAACAAAAGAGAAGUCUGUGUUCUCUCGCAUCGAGGCGAGCGACCCGAGCAAGCCCAACCCGGGCAUCUUCAGCCGCGCGGUGCGCACCGCCAUCGGCUCCGACAAGCCGCGCAUCGUGCUCAAGCGCGACGAGCCCGAGGUGGAGUACGAGAGCGGCUCCGACGACGACCGCCUGCUCGAAGAGGAGUCCGGCCUCGUGGCCGACGUCUCCAACCUGCCGCACGGCAUCACCGACACUAGGCUCAAGACCUUAGCGGGGAGUGAAGUGCAGAGCUUAAUUUUGGACAAGGAAGAUCGCAGCGCCAAGAUCACCUUCAAGACCACUGUGGCCGCCAGCGCUUUCCGCAAGAAGUUCAACAACAAAAUGGUGGCCGCCAGCCGCCUCACCGUCACUUUGCUUUAGUCAAUUAGUUUACUACAUAUAUUUUAAUACAUUAUAUGCUGUUGUCUUAAAUGCGAGGUUUGAUUGUACUGUUAGAAAUUAACUGAUUUAAAACCAUUUUAGAAGCAGGACUAUUGCAAUCACUGUACCUAUCUCUAAAUGGAACCCUGUAGGUGGAAUGAGGUUCUUAAAAACGUUUAUAAACUCUUAAGUCUUAACAAAUCGAAUUGAUAAUGAGUGAUAUCUAUAGCCUGUCAACCAAAUUUUGGCAGUAGCAAUGUACAUCGAACUAAAGUAUGGUAUCCCUAUAAAACGAACAAAAACCAGCAAUGUACGUCGAACAGCCACAGAUAUUUUUUUUCAAGGGGCUCGUUGGGGCUGCAGCAAGGCUGCAGCAUUGGAAUGCCUGCCUAAUAAAAAAAGCAUAUGAAACGCGUAUACUCAUCCUUUACUUCCUUACGAAUUAGAUAGUGUAUUAAAAAGGGACGGAUAUAUAUUAGUUAUUUCUCUUUUUCGUAGGGUGGAGGUUUCCACAGAUAAGAUACAAAUGAUACGCGAAUAUCCACCGACUUUCAAAACUAGUGUUGCUAGCCCGCGAUUUUUCAAAUUUGCCGCCUUUUUCUAGUGACAAGAUUUGGUUGACGGUCUAUAUCUAUGCCCCUAUCCGUCAUAUUUGUUUGUAAAAAUUUAAAGAACAGAAGUUUUAUGUUAUGUGUAUAAGGGGUGUGACUUCUUUCCAUAAUUAUUUUGGUACCAUCUAAAGUUUAAAAUUUAUAUUACUCCGUAUUUUUUAUUUUUACAAUAUUGUAUUCGCCAGAUAUACGUAACAUUUUCACACUAAAGAAUUUAAAAUAAAAUAAAAUUGUAACUAUUGUAUGUACCAAGUAAACAUUUUCUGUGUGUAACUUACUAUUUAGGUACUUUUCCUUUUACCAAACCUAACCAUGACUUGGAAUCAAAUCUUUGAAAUAUAUACUAAAUUACAUUAUAUUUUCAUAUUUUAACAAUGUUGAAUAAUUAAUGUAUUGUAAAAGAAUGUGUUAAAAAUUCAAGUAUGUACAUUGUACACAUCGCCCAGCAUGCAAACAAAAUUUUGGCCUUAGGUAUGUCAAUCUACUUUUUAUAACUGAGAUUUGAUGAAAAUAGAUAUUAUAGACAUUUUCUAUUAGUUUCCAGUUAAUUGUACUUAUAUAGCAUUUUUUUUGUUUCUAUGAAUGCACACAGACAGUAAAUUACUACAACUCCUCAAUAUUGUGUGAGGUUGAAAUAUGUACUAAAUAAGAAGUUGGUUUGACGCGGUGUACUUUCUAGUAGCGUAUAGCUUGUAUCGUGUGCCUGUGUUAUGUUAAACGCCAUGUGUGUGUCCAGGGCAAAGCAAAAUGUGUGUUACGUAGUUUUAACACUUCUCUUAUUUCACAUUUGGUAAAAUGGUUCAUAUAGUAUUUUUCUUAAUUUGGUUAAGUUGAUAAUCGUCUUGGAAUAUGCAGACUAAAAUUAUUUUGUAAGUUUUACCCGAAUAAUGUGUCGAUCGCAAAUGCAACCAAGUAUUAAACACAUUUACGACAUGGGUAAAGUGAAUGUGUAUUUGAACUCCUUUAUAAGAUAAAAUUACGUAUGUAGUAGGAGUCGACCUUUUGUUUCUUAUGUUGUGCAUAUUUAUUUUUAUAGCGGUAUGCACUCAGGUAAGGUUGUUAGCCUACUAAUACUAAAUUGUAUUAAUAUUUUUAACUUGUUCAUUAAUUAGUCAGUAUAUUGAAGAUUAUAACUACUUUUAUUUAACAAAUAUGAUUGCUUGACGUUUUUAAUUAUACCUCGGGCCGAAUUUAAUAAAUAACAAAUAAAAUAAAGUUUAUUUAGAUAACUGUUACUGGUGCAAAAUAAUUCCUUAGUUUAUAUUUCAUCCAACAAUUCGUUGUAUCUAGUUUUACAUGAGUACUAACAAUAUGAAGUAAACAUGUUUAUAUUAUGUAAUUUAAAAAGUGAAUAAUUGUUUAUGUGUCUGCAUAACAAGCAGUACACUGAUCAUAACACUUUUUAAUAGUUGCUAUACUUACCACAUUAUAAGUUUUGCUAUGAAGUAGAUUGUAGCAGCAAUUUAAAUUAUAAUUCGUAUUUUCAUUGCCAUCAUCGGGCCCAGUAGGUGUUAUGAUAAAAGCUGCAUUUAUAAGCCUACAACGUGUCUUUUUUCUGGACAAAUCUACUAAACGUUAGUUCAUGUAGAAGAAUUGUAUGUUUAUUUUCGAUUUUCGCGUGACUGCUACCUACACAUUUUAAAGCACUCUUGUUUUUGUUGAGAUGACUGACACAGCACUGCAUAUUUAGUUUAUAAUGUUACAUAGAGUUACAUCGAUUUAAUUUCUUGUCCAGAAGGUUGCGUUGUAUUAGUAAAUUAACUAUCAACAAAACGUGCAAUUAGGUAAUAUCUACAUAUAAUUUGAUAUGCAGGGACUAUUGGACUAUUAUUUAGUGAUGUCACCAUGUUAGACUUUAAGACUUUGAUUUUGUUAUAAAAGCAUUAUGGGAAUGCAAUUUUCUAAUAUAAGUUCAAUUAGGCAAUCGCCAUUACGUCAACACGGGAGUGUUGCAGUAGGCGAACAGAUGUAAUGCAUAGUUGCUUCCACAUGUAACCGCUGUUCAAUAAACGAUUAUGUUCACUAUAUUGUUGUUAUUUCAAAAUGCCUUCAGUUUCUGCGCUUUUCAGUCGGCAUAAAAUAUCUGUCCCUGUCUGUCUAUUAGUGUGACAGGGACAAAUGCUUUGUGUCCGCCUUUGGCUGAUGGGCCAGAACUGCAGGCAAAAUGUACAGAUCUCAAAUAAAUUUAAAUAAGUUCUAAA